AUGGGAUUCGGAAGAAGUGUGGUUUGGCUUGAUAGUCAAGGGAAAAAAUCAGUUAUGCUUGCCAAUCAAUAUAAUUAUGCCGACAAUUCAUGGAUAUCAUCAGCAAUUCAUAUCUAUGAUAUUGAAUCGGAUGGUUUUACUGAUCAAACUCAACCAAUCCUUAUCUAUCCCAAUAGUCAACAAAUGCUCGGUCCUUUAAUGAAUCCAUCAUUUAUUCGUCUUGUAUCUAAUCCAAUAUUGGGUCAUAUAGCUAUUUUUGAUAUGUCUGGUGAUCCUUCAAUCAUUCUUAGUGCACCACCAGGUUUCUAUCCAGAAACUAAUCUACCAAGUUAUUUCUCGACUUCUGUUCCAUGCAUUCCUGGUACCUAUCGCUCAUAUGCAAGUAUUGAAUUAUGUUCACCAUGUCAAAAUGGAACAAUGAGCAAUUUAGGUGGCAUCAAUUGUAAUGUUUGCAGUGAUCCAGAUAUGUUUUGUCCAUACGGAGCAGUUGAAGCAUUACUACCCAGUGCUCUCGAAACUAUUGAACAAGAACAAGAUUAUCCUGAGUCACCUGAAACAACUGUUUUCGAUGAUCUCCUCAUGCAAAAUAUGUUUAGCUUCAAUACGAAUUCUUUACAUUGUGUUGUCGUCUCGCCCAUCACAUGGGUAUUGGUCGUAAUUUCUUUUGGUAGCUUUGUACUUGUUGCUAUGGGUAUUUCCACUAUUAUUUGUCCUGGCGUACAUCCGACACGCGAUAAAGCUAAAGCUAUUUUCAAGAAAAUGGAUCUUAUUGGUGAAGGCGAGCUCUGGAUCGGUGGUUUAGUUUCGGCAGCCGUUGUAGUCCUCGUUAUGUUCGCCUAUUAUUUCUCCAAUGCCUAUUAUUAUCAAUAUCCUAUUGAAAAUGUUGUCAGCAAAAGUUCAUUUGCCUGUGAUACUAGUAUGCGUAAUGCGAAGUUUACUACUUCAAUACAAAUGAGUAAACCUCAGCAAGCAAAAGAUAUUCAACCUAUCUUUGAUCUACUGAAUGCACAAUCAUUUACACUCAUUAUUGAUUUGAUCAAUACAGCUUUUAUUUGUUCGGAUGCAAUACUCGUACAACGCAUCAUUUCUUAUGCAUUUAUCAACCUUUCGAUAUCAUCAUGUACAAUGCAUUAUAAUAAUAGUGUUGUUUCAUUAUCUGUUGUACUUCCAUCACAUAAUAUGAAUAUGCAAGUGACAUUACCUGGACUGAAGACGGUGGGUGCCGUUCGUCUUGGUCUCACAGGUCCUGCUGCCACAUAUGAAAAUGGAAAAUAUACACUUCUUACACUCAAUACUUCAACAAUAUUUAUUCCAACAUCUCUCAGUAGUGUUCUAGCUACAUCAACUGAUUAUACACUUCAAUUAUCUCAAAUUGUUAAUCAAACAGAUCCAUUAAACGUGGAUGGUUCGGCAAAAUAUAGUGCUACUUGGUUUCCAACAUUUACUGUUCGAGCAGAUGAAUUAUUUACUGAACAAACUCAAUACUCGUUCUUUCAACGUACCCAAACAAAUUUGAAUAUUAUUAUUGCAGAAAAUGUUUAUUAUGUUAAAAAUCAACAACAACCAAUUGCGCGUCAGUCAGAAGUCAUUUUUCACAAUCUUCUCUUCACUAUUGUCGUCUUAGAAUUGUUCGGGCUUUUCUUUCUUGUGUGCAAAUUGCUUGUUGUACCUCUUGUUCGAACCUUACACGCGCGUUUUCAUCGUUUCCAAAUGAGGAAUAAAGUCGGUAGUAUGAAAACUGCGAAUAGCAGACCCUCACCGGCAGCUAUACCAUUACAUUGA